AUGGAUGUAAAGUUGUUGAAAGCAAACAAAAUACCGCUUCAGCUUCCAGUUCGCAAGCGGCAUUCAAGCGCCAAAGCGCUCAUUAUAAUAUGUAUUACUACUGUCAUUGCAAUCGCGUGUUUCACAAUGGGAUUAUUUUUCCACGUCUACAAACCAACAACCUUAAUACUUGAUGAUCGAUUAACAAUGAGGCAGAUUAUGCCCUACUAUCGAUGGUGGAAGAAUACCACAGACGUUCUGGUUACGUGUCGAAUAUUCAUCUUCAAUGUCACCAACUCCGACCGAUGGUUAGAAGGCUUAGACGAUCAGCUGCAAUUGGAAGAAGUGGUUCCGAUCGUUUACCGUGAAAUGCUAGAGCAUGACAAUGUAACAUUUCAUGAGAAUAAUUCCACGAUGUCGUACGUAACUCGAAGGAGCUUGGUAUUUUUGCCUGACCGCAAUGUUCCAGGAAUACUUAACCGAACCAUCGUAGUGCCCAAUAUAUCUGUACUAGGAGUUGCAGCGAGGAUGGAAAAUUACAAUUACUUCAUGAAAAAAGGGCUCAACUUUAUAUACUCCAUAUCUGGUGACACCGUCUUCAGUAAGAUGACAAUUUAUGAUUAUUUAUGGAAUACCCGUCCACCAUUUUUGAACAAGGCUAAGACAUUCGUGCCCGGCAUGGUACCAUCGGAAAACGUGGGCAUCUUAAAAACGAUGUACGAGGAUCACGAAGAGCACGUGAAUGUGCGUCAUGGAAAGCGUUACGGCAACGAUCAGUUUUUCAUGAUGAAUUCCUAUGAGUACGAACCGACGGUACCCGGCUUCAGUCUUGCCAAUGGUGAUUGUUUUGCAUCGAUUCUCAACUCCUCCGAAGGUGCGACCUAUCCGCAGAAUUUGAAUGAACAGUCGGUGCUACUCUACUGGCGCAAGACCCUUUGUCGGGCCGUACCGCUGUAUUUCGAGCAACGAAUUCAAAAAGGUCCUCUUACAGGAUACAAAUACGCGCUGCCGGACGAUUCGUACGAUCGUUUGCCUAAUAGCUCCAUGGACUGCUAUAAGGGGCAGUUCGGUCUACUAGAGAACGGAAUGACCGACACCUCAAAGUGCUCUCAUGACGUACCAAUCGUGGCCACGAGCCCACACUUUUACGCGCGCAACUUCUCCACCGCUCAUAAAAUAGCCGGCAUGAAACCGGACCGCGAGCACCAGCAUAGCUACGCGAUCGUGGACCCGUCCUUUGGCAUUCCGCUCGAUCAAUGUGCACGCACACAAACAAACCUGGCUAUCCCAAAAAUCUCCGGCUACUCUUGGGAAAUCGAACGCUUCAGUGAGAUGAUCAUCCCAUUGUUCUGGAUCGAAUACCAUCAAAAAGAGCUGCCGGCAUACAUCGUGCGAACACUGCAAGCCUUCUAUGUGAUACGAGACAUAGAACCUUAUCUGCCAUACGCGUUGUACCUGUCCUUCGCACUUUUGGUAACGGUAGCCUUCCGGGAGGCAGCGGGAUAUAAAGUUAAAGGAAACGCAUCCCCAACAAAGUACACGAAGCAGCACAUUGACAAUCUGUAG